AUGUUCUCUCCUCGAUUCUUCACAUUGGCGUGCGCUGCAACCGUCUGGAUCGGUCUGUCCGCAGCAUGGCAAAAACGGCCUUUUACAAGCAAACAGUUAAGGGAGAUAGGCUACGAUCCGUCAUUCGAGGGUCCUCUGCCUUACUUUGGGGACCCUUAUGCGGAUCCAAGUGUAUAUCUUCUCGAUAUCGCCCUCACUACAAGUGGAGAUGCAAACAAAAGCCACGUCUACUUGAAAUACCUCACGGGUUCAGACCCAAACAAUUCACAGAUUUCGAGACGCAACAUCCGCGAAGUCCGCAUCAGGGGCUCACCGGAAAUAGGUGACCUGUCGCUUGUAGAAAAUGUGUUUUCAAAGUUGGAAAGGCUGGAUAGGGUGUAUUGGGAGUACCCUGAUGGUAUACCUGCGUCCAUUCUUCAGUCCAUCGAGAAGAAUAACCCAUCUUGUCAAAUAUAUUACAAGCAUCGGGAUUAUUACUCAAGCCAUAAUCCGAACGAUGGGAGCGAGGCAUGGAAAUUUACCCACUCGCCCAAUCUGUACAGCCUCAAAGCAGAGGUAAUCUAUGGCGGCAAAGAUAACUUUCAUGACCUGGAGUUUAUCUUCAAUGUGCUUUCCACAGCACCGAAUCUCAAAAUGCUAGACCUCCACCUCCACCACGCUGGCUGUGUGUACGGCGGCGCGAAUCCCUACGCCUUCGACUUCAAGUCUCACCCUUCCGUUCGCUUUCCUCCCCUCGAAGUUCUUCGGUUGGACGGCUACCAAUUGGAGGAGCGUACGGACGCGGGCUAUGAGUGGUAUUUUAAAGGCUUUGGAUGGGGGCGGCGGUGGGCACGAGGCGAAAAAGGCGAUGGGAGGACUAGCUUAGAUGCCUGGAGGGAGGCCAUGGACUGGAGCCAUCUCCACACGCUGGACAUACUCGGGCAAACCAAUAUUACGCUCAACACACUACGGUAUGAUAUGGAACUGCCUGCUUUGAGGAAUCUGACCAUCUCGGCGGGAUGGCGGGAGUUCACCAACGAAGAGACUAUUUCACUUGCUACGUAUCCUGCCAAUCCGCUCGAGGCGAUCUCAUUGAAGGAUUUUGACGUAAAAGUUGGGGAGGAUCUCCUCGACAGGUUCUCGUCAAACCCAGCUAGCAUUUCCGAGCUCAAACACUUCUCCUUCGGCGCUCGUAGCACGGAUAUAGGGUUCCUCCCCCAAGAGAAAAUAUCCAAGUUCAUAUCGAACAGCCCUAAACUCGAGAAACUAGAUCUAGCUAUCCCGCGCCAUGUAAACAUGUCCACCAAGUACGAACCAUUUAAAUCCUUUAUAUCCUCUCCUACGAUCCAGCAUCUCACCCUCCGCUUUCCAUCAGCAGAUGACUACGAGUAUGAAAUUGCCGACGGCAGCACAUCCCAAUUCGACUAUUCUUCCAUGGAGGUGUCAUGGGCUGAUAUGGAUACUGAAAAGGGCAACAUUCCCGAUCCGCUCAUCAACAAAGAGACAGCUCAAGGCCUGUUUAAGAGUUUGAGGACGGCAAAAAAGGGAGACGAGCUGAAGAGAUUGGAUUUGAUCGUUGGGAACUGGGACGGCAGACACGGACAUAAGGAAUAUCUUCUUGGGGAAGGUAUUAGGAUGAGGGUCGCACUUUGGAGAUGCUGGGUUGUAGGUUUGGAGGGUAUGGAGAGGUGUGAAGGGGAGUAA